UAAGAAGCAGAAUCAUUGAGUUUGCUGAUUUGUAUCUACCCUCAUGGAGAUUUUCCAGAAUACUUGCAAGGCAAUGAUUUAUAAUCCAAAGAGCUACUGGAGGAUGGAUGCAAGUACAGGUAGAAGAUCCUUUAUCCAAAGUGCUCCGGACCAGCUGUUUUUCGGAAUUUGGAAUUUUUCGGCUUUCAGAAUAGUGACAGUUUAAUUGUGAAAUUUUAAAAGAUCCUACUGGAGAAGCAGACUUCUCACUAAGAACGUGUUUGGCCAUGCCCUCCCAGGUCACAACUGAGUGACCCAUAUCGAGUGGGUGUCGAUUUUGGGAGGGUUCAGAGAAACCUCAGGCCUGUUGAUGCUUGGCCACGCCCUCCUGUCACAUCUCAGUGACACACAUCAAGUGGGUGUCAACUUGGAUUAACUGUUUGCUCACCAAACAAUCUUUGUUAAAAGAGAGGGAAAAAAAAGCUUCGGAUUUCAGAGAUUUUUGGUUUUUGGUUGUCUGGAUAAUGGUUCUUCUACCUAUACAAAGCUUUCCUCACAGGUGGUUGAAACAUAAAGGUCCUGAGUACAAACUCGAUGAUUAUCUUCACCCUUGGAACACAAACCUAGCAAGAUAUGGGCAAGGUGUGGUCUUCUGCAUGCCACCAGGGAAAUACCCAGCUUUCAAUCAAUUUUACAAGGCACAUGUAGAACUUCCCAAACAAAAUACAAAUGAGCUAACAGGACGGAAUGCUUUGCUAAGCGAUAUCCACAAAGGAGUACGGUUGAAAAAGGUGACACAAAUCAAUGACAGGAGCGCCCCGGUCAUUGACAAACCCAAGAAUGGGUGUGGUGCAGGAGCUGUGGGUGGAACAUCAACACAGCCUGCAGUGGGUGGUGGCUUGUUUCAGGGAGGAUUUCCUGUUCUCAGACCUGCUGGACAGCGAGAUGCUUCAGAAAGAGGUUCCAAACCAGCUGUUCAAACUGUCGGUGUGAAAGUCCCACCAUCAAGACUCUCGGUCCCGAACGAAAAUGCCAGAAAUGAGAAAAAUGCAUUUAAGCAACCUGAAUGUCCAGAACCCUUUGAUUUAUCUAAAGUUCAAAAGACAGUUCAAAACCAUCUUAUCAUGUCUGCCCUUAUACCCCCUUCAAGUCAGAAUAAAUCUCUGUCAACAUGUCCCUCUUCUACAUCUUCAUCCUCAUCUUCAUUCAGUAAUAAAUUUACAAAAACUUCAACAACAAUACAAUCACCUUCACCACCAGUUGCUCCUUCAAUUCCUCCCCCUCGUCCACCUAUACUCGCAAAUGUUAAACCAUUUAAAUUUCAAUACAUACAACAACCACCAUCACCACCUCCACCUCCUCCGCCACCAUCUUCACCACCUUCCUAUAAUUUUCAAGACCAAGCUUCAGAUUUUAUAUUCCCUGCUCCACCUCCACCUUCUCUACUUUAUAUUGAAGACUGUACCGAUUUUCCUCUGCCUCCUCCCCCUCCACCUCCCUUACCUCCAGUUCCUGCCUUUGCUCCCUGCAAUAAAACUGAAAAUGAUCUACCACCACCUCCCCCUUUUUUGAAUAGUAUUGAAGUUCCUCCAGCCUUGCUGCCAAAACUACCCAGUUUUUCCAACAAACCAAGUUUGUCCUCAAUAUCUCCACCACCACCACCACUGCCGCCACCACCACCACCAUUCCCUGCCUACAGAUAUCCUGGGUCGAGUUCAUCAUCUGGGCAAAUGUCAUAUGGAACCCAGCUGGGUGGAAGGGAAGGUCCAGGGAGGUCUGGAGUACACAGUAAUGGUGGGAAACCAGCACCACCCCCGCUGCCACCUGUUAGGUCAUCCAGUACGGAACUUACAAGCAGAAGCCAGCAUACACCCGGCCUGACCUGGACAUCGCUGCACUCUAUUCCUCCCCCACCCCCACCGGCACCACUAGUACCACCACCACCUUUACCACUUAAAGUUCGACAAGGAGGUUUGAUUACGCAGUCACCAAUCUAUGAUGACUUUGAGUCCAAGUAUAAUUUCCAUUCAGUUGAAGACCUUCCACCUCCAGAUGAGUAUAAAUCAUUUCCUAGGAUAUAUCCCAGCAAGCAACCAAGAGUUAGCACCAAAACUCAUCUGGCUACAACACCAUUAAGAUGAGUUGUUAAUUUCGUUGCUUGUGGUUGAGACCAUCCAUUGGAAGACAGCAUGUAACAUCACAGAAGAAAGAUGUUUCUGCCUUGAAUUUAUUAAAAUAGCUAGUCCUAAGUUAGUAAUAUGAAAACCAUUUUCUUCACGUACUUGAAGAAACUUGUGUUCCUUUGUAAUUAAUAGUCACAGAAAUUGUUCCAGUGUUGAUCACAUUUAUCUGUAUCCUAGCAAAAUAGUUAAAAUCAUUAUAAAUUAACAUAAUGUACAUUUCAAUCAUUUCGACUUAA